GUAUACUUAGAUAUAGACACGAAUAUAAUUUAAUUUGGCAUUUAAUUUGAAAUGAGUAAUGAAACGACCAAACCUCAAAAAAAACCUAAAGAUAAAAAGAAAAAAUAUCCCGUAGCUAGUAUACGAUGGACUCCCAAUCCACCAAUAGUAAAGGAAGACAACAUCAUGUCAUCGGUAGCCAGAGAAAGAAAUAUAUGGGGGUUUCUGCCAACCUACGAAGUUCAGGAUCAUCCGAUUUGCAUGAAUUUUAUAAUGACUGGAGAAUAUCAAAGAAUAUGGCUUAAAGAAAGAGAUGCAUUUCAAAAAGAUACGUAUACUAAAAAGCGAGAAAUUCUCACGACUGAUAAUAAUUUCAGAAGAAAAUUUGUACAGAAAUUUUUCACGUACAAGAAACCAACAAAGAGUUCAUGGCUGGAAGCUAGGUGUCGUGAUUUGAGCAAACUGUCUAAAGAUGAAAUAUUCAUGAUUAAAAUGCGAGAGACGAGGUUUAAGGUAGAAAAAGUAUGUGAAAAGAAAAAAAAUAAAGAAAAGGAUAAGGAUAUUAAAAAUAAGUGUACUUGCGAGUAAAUUACAAAAUCAUUUUGUAAAUAAUAGAAAUAAAUGGAUAUAAUGAUAUACGCAUACAUCUGGUUUAUGUCAAAAGAAUGUAUCAGAUUACAAAAAUGUCGCUUGAAUAAUUGAUUGUAUAUCCUUGUACAUGACUGAUUAAUUCUAAUAAAAUUUUAGUUUAUUUGUGAA